CUGGCUUCAGCCAACAUGGCGACGCUGUAACUCGAGAGUUAAUACAUCCAUGCUCGAGAGAUGCUUGAAGUGGUAACACAAUGAGGGUACCCUGGUGCUGUUUCGGGGUCCGGCGAAAGUAUGUUAUUUUUCCAGUGUUGCUGAUCCUCCUGGUCGGUGCUGCCCUGACGGCUCUGCUGCCGCCUGUGGAGAACCAGGAAGGUGUUGGUGUGUUGGGGAUGAUGCGCAGAGCAACACCUCCAAAACCAAACCCUGCACAGGACCAGCAUGCAGACAAACCGCGGGAGGAGAAGUUUACCAUCAUCAUCCAAACUUACAACCGCACAGACAUCUUGCUGAAGAUCCUGAACCAUUACCAGGCAGUGCCUCAUCUUCAGCGGAUUAUCAUCGUGUGGAACAACAUUGGGGAGCAGAGUCCAGUCAAGUUGUGGGACUCCUUGGGUCCACAUCCAGUCCAGGUUGUCUUCAAGGAGCAGAUUAGCAAUCGAAUGCGCAACAGAUUACAAAUAUUCCCUGAGAUUGCUACAGAUGCUGUAUUGAUGCUGGAUGAUGACACUCUCAUUAGUGUCCCUGACCUCAGUUUUGCUUUCUCUGUCUGGAAGCAAUUUCCAGACCAAAUUGUUGGAUUUGUUCCGCGGAAACACGUCUCGACACCAGGGGGCGUGUACAGUUAUGGAAGCUUUGAGCUGCAGGAUCCAGAAACAGCUGGAGGUGACAAGUACUCCAUGGUUUUAAUAGGUGCUGCAUUUUUCCACAACCGCUACCUGAAGCUCUUCCAGGACCAACCUCAAGAGGUGCACGCCUUGGUGGAUGAAACACAGAACUGUGACGAUAUUGCCUUGAACUUUGCUGUAGCUCUGUAUUUAAGGAAGCACUCAAAGACGAGCACAAUCAGUAAACCCUCAGGGGUCUUCGUCAAACCGGUAGACCUACGAAACCUGGAAAAAGACGCCAGCAGUGGGUACCAGGGAAUGUGGCAUCGUCCUGAACACCUUCUCCAGAGGUCCUACUGUCUCAAUAAACUGACGCAGAUCUAUGGCUUCAUGCCACUCUGCUACUCCAACCUAAUGGUCUCCCAGUUUGGUUUCCCCAGCUACGCCAAUCACAAGAGUAGGGGAUGAACAGGUGCCAAGUUGCUAACUGCUUUUUGCUGAAGUAAGACCUGCUCAAGCUACAGUAUGGUAGGUUUUCUUUUGUUUGGUUGAUAACACUUCACAUGGUGAUAUGCUGAUAUUCUCAGGAUGGUGACCAGAUAUGCUGUAAAGACUGACAUUAUUUUGCUGUAAAUGUUCGUUCUUUAUAUCUACAAGAUUCUUAUGAACUCAAAGUAACAAGACAAAUUUGUUAGUGUGUUUUUGUGAAUGUUUUCUUAUAUUAAGCAUCAAGACAUCUCACAACAGUGAUGGACCUGUCAAAUGUUUUCUCCAGCAUACCCCGAUUUUUGUUUUUUUAAAGGCACUUAAAUCUACUUUAACAACAUUUCUUGAAUAGUUUGUAACUGUGAAGAGCCAUUUCUUUGCCUUUUCCUCCGUAAAUAGAGAAGAGAGGUAGUCAUAGUAAUGACUUUGCUAAAAACAAGAAAAAUUCUCACUAAAGAGUGAAUGUGUGAAUAUAAUGUAAGUAUUGUGCAUAAUUAACACACAAAAUCUUCGUGUCUAAUGCCAUCAAAGUGUAGAGAAAUAUUUAUAAAAAUAGAUGCAUGUAAAUGUAGAACUGUAUCACAUGAUUUAAAUAAAUAAAGAUUCCUCUAAAAAAUAAAAUUAUUUUCUGAAUUCAAAAAUCUGUAUUUUCUUUUUGGUACGUUUUUGAAACUGGUGAACAGAAGGCUAAAUGCUCAGACAGUGGUCGAAGAAUUGAGGCAAGCCUUUACAGAAAAUGAGUCCCAGAUUGAAGCAUUUUAUUUCUGUCAAAAUAAUUCUUUCGAUGUUCCAAUUUUAACAUUUGUCCAAUACACAAACGCAUUCCAGCAUAAAGAGCUGAGAGACUGGGGUUUCCACAGAGAAUUUAUUGCAAAG